UUUUCGAAAUAUUUUAUGACAUACCCUGACAUGUUACCAUAAUUUCGUCUUUCUUACGGUAUGGGGUCUUUCUGUGAUUCAAGGUUGUUUUUCGGUGAGAAUUUUAUCCUAAACGAAGAUAUUUAGUUAUUUAAAGUUUCUCAUCUAACUCUUGCAUGCCUGUCAGUUUAGCUCAAUUUUAUUUUGUCGCGUUCGCAACAACGAGAGUUGUCUUAAAACCUUCGUACACAAGAGUUGUUGUAACCAUCGGAAAGUUCAGUUGCUAACCUAAGCUAUCAGUUACGCGUCACACAAGCAAAUAAAGUGUUAUAGUGAAAACCAAUUCAGAUUGCUUCAAUCAUUGUGUCGAAACAACAGUUGAAAAUCAUAACAUCAAACUUUGCAAAGGAUUCGAAAUGGAAACGACAAAUAAGGAGGACAUGUGGUGUGAGGACACCUACGAAGAAGUUGGUACAAACCAAGUUCCAACCAUUCAGUUUCCAAAUAUUCCAAACCUCCAAAUAAUCAAAAUAAUAGGGGAACCACAGCUCAAUUCCACGAACAAUUAUAAUAACCUUGCAGUCGACAUGCAACCAUGUAAUUCUUCUUGUCAUGCCAACACCGAGAAAUGCGCGGAUCGAGCAAUCCAACCAGAUGAAAUUUGCGGCAAUGAACAAACUAACAAAAGAGCAAAAUUGUCUUCAGAAGCAGAGAUUGCGGAGCUUAGAGCCAAAGUGGAUCGGUUAGAGAAAGAAAAUAAGUAUUUAAAGGAUCUUAUAGACAAUAAACUUGAUAUACUUAUUAGAAAUUCAGCCCGGCAUCGAGAAGCCGUAGAGGAGUUAGUCGCUGUAAGUUGUCCUAGGCAAGGUCUACUUUCUAGGAACGAAUUUGAGCUAGCCAAGCUUAAUACAAAAGAAGAAUUAGAUACCUUUGAGCAAUCGAUUAGCACUGACCCAUCAUUUAAAGAAAAUGUAGUUAGGUAUUUGCAGAGGCAAAUAACAGUCGCAGAUGUAGACAGUCGAUUACAUGAAGCGCUUGAUUUACUUUUUACUCGACCAUUUUUUGCCACAAUCAGUUGGACUGGAAAAAGUAAGCCGGGAUCAACGAAGAUAGAGUUCAGGAAGUGUGAAGGCAUACUUCUUCUGUUAAAAGAAAUAGGAAGUAAUGCGAGAGUUUUAGCAACUCCCAAAUACGUUGCAGAUUUUAUAAAAAAAUCGUCUUAAGCACGCUCCGUCUCGAGCUAACCUUUCUCCUACCAAACACACUUCUCUUCAUAAAAAAAGAAAUUAAUUCAUUAAUCAUUAAGUACUUAUCAUGUAGACGACCACCGACAUAAAUGAUAUCUCUCUGAAAAAUUAUUAUUAAUAUCGAGUUGUUGUUUCAGUCUGCCUCCAGCUUCCGUAGUGAGAGCAUGUGUUUCGCUCGGAAGCGUCCUUACGAAUUAUUUCUAAAGGCAGAUAAGUGGUCAUCGCUCUCGUGUGCUAUUGCGUACCCAGCGCAAAUACUCGUAGCGCACUAAUCGGUGUUUCGUCUUCCCUCCGAUAUUCGCUCGGAGUUGUGCCGUUGCCUGUAUCGAUCAAGUGGUGAUCGACGGUUGUUCUUAGUGUCGUGAGUGUGUGUACCUGUCUAUCGUUGCGACAAACAAGCGUAUCCACGCAGCGUGGUCGCAUCGAUCGACACUUGUACUCAGUGAGCGUGUGUGAGUGUGUGUGUUUAUUUGUGCGUCGUGUGUCACGGUGAGUUAUCCUUUUCACUCCUACCGUUGUAUCCGGCUCUACCAUGGGGGUAGAGCAGGAUAAUUCUGAGUCGGAUCGGGAGGCUGAGCCCUGUAGAGAGGUGAAGAGAAAGCCAGGACGCCCUAAGGCUGCGCCUGCGACAAAAAAAGUGGCCUUAGAAGAAAGGCCAUCUACUUCGAAGGCCUCGUGUAGUGCCCCGCUGGCAUCUAGUGCCCCGCUGGCAAACAGUGCCCCGCUGGCAAACAGUGCCCCGCUGACCCUGAAUAAUGAGCCACUAUCCGAACACCGCGCGCGUGCUUACCCGCCGUCAUGGGAGGGUAAGCCGUUUGUUUUCUUCAUGCCGAGAAUUAAACAGCUCGAUGUAAGGACGAUCGCGGCAUCAUUGUUCCGAAAAUACCCAGGUGUUGCCGAUGUGUUUCGGGUGCGCCCGAACAAGAUUAGGGUCACCGCAAAGGACCGGGCUCAAGCCAACGUCAUUGCGGCUGACCCAGAUUUUACGGAGCACUACCGGGUUUAUAUUCCCGGUAGUCUGGUUGAAGUGACCGGCGUAAUCGAGGAUUUCGAUUACCCGGAGGAGGAUAUUUUAAAAUUCGGGGUGGGUGCAUUUCUAGCACCAGAUACCCCAAGGGUUAAAGUGCUUGAGGCAAAAAAGCUUUUUAAGCUAGACGCCUCAUGCAAAAAUGAGAAAAAAUACAUCCCGACCUCCUCCCUCCGGAUUAUGUUUGAGGGAACGGUACUUCCGCAGGCCCUCAUCCUUGAAGGCCUCCGGAUACCCAUUGACCGGCCAUACGUGCCAAGGGUGGCUACCUGCUCGAAGUGCAGCCGGAUUGGACACGCCGAUCCGUUCUGCACUCGCAAGACGUGCUGCGGGAAAUGCAGAGGUGCGCAUUCUACUGAGGAGUGCAAAGCUCCGUCCCAAAAAUGCUCGCAUUGUCGGGAGGAGUGGCAUGAGGUAGUAUUGUGCCCAGUGUAUCGAAAACUCCAGAGGGAACAGACCAAAACGAUAGCCGAGAGGGCACGCGGCUCUUACAGCGACGCCCUAAAAGGAGCGAUCGCGUCAAACCCCUUUGCUGUGCUAGAUAACACAGCUGCAAAUGGCGAGACCAAUCCGACUGCACUCGAGCAGGUGCCAUUGAGAUCGGCAAAAGUACUAAGAGUGCCUUACAAAAAGGUACAAAGGAAGGUACUUAAAACAAAAAACAAACCUUUGGCACCACAGCGCCACGCUAAAGUUUCCCCAACCGUCCCGAAACGCGACGCUGAGCCCAA